AUGGACCCCCGAUCAGCUCGACCGUCGACAACAACACCAGGUGCCUCCAGUCCCUUCCCCUCCCCCUCGCCCAGCCUCAGUGUCGCCCACAUACCUGGCGCUGUAGUCCCGACCAUCCCGGUCGACCUCGUCUCCUCCGAUGGCAUCAACGGCUACAACACGGCCCUGGUCACCGAGCUGUUGAGGCACAAGCGCAAAGCCCGCGAUGUCAAGUCCUGCUUCCCUUGCCGACACCGAAAGGUCCGCUGCGACGGCGGCCUUCCGUGCUCCAACUGCGUCAAGAGAGACCACGUCUCGCUGUGUCGCCGCGUCACUACCACUCCCGGAGCCUCCUCGUCCGUGACCACCAAGCGAAUAUCCUCGUCAGUUGCCGCUACCUCGCCAAGAUCCGUCGGCGGCGGCGGCGAUCCUUACAGCGCCGGGAGUAAUGGGUUUGCUACCUUUGACCCCACGACAACGGGACAACAACAGCAGCACAAUGGCUAUCUUGACCAUAGCUCUCCAGAUGUUGGAGUCAACGGAUGGUAUGAUGAUGACAACAUCCUCGAACGUCUCGAAAACAUUGAGCGGCAAAUCCAGGCUCUCAAGUCGGACUUGGUCCAGCGCCGGUCCAACCGAGCAUACCAGAAUGCCGGCAACCACCAACCCCAUGCCCAACCAGAUGCGCAAACACCAUCAGUGUCGCAGUAUUCCGAGCAUCACCACCACCACCACCACCACCACCAACCAGAUACCCCCGACCUUCUCCCCCGCCUAGACUCGUUAGUAGCCACCACCUACGGCAACCAUCACAGCGCUUCCUACAACGACAAUCGUAAACCAUCUUCCACCCAAGCCCGCUACGGCGCCACCCCGCCUGCCAUCUCUCAGCUCGAAGCAACCUCCCUCUUCCGCGGAAAACAUUUUGUCGAAGAAGCCACAGGCGCCACCAUUUUUCUUGGUAGGCGUGCCGACCCUCCUCUUUCACUCGGCUGCUUCCAGGACCCUGCCCCUCUUUCCUCUCCCGGCGGGGACGCCGGCCUCAACGGACAGGGCGGAGCAGGAGGAGUCAGACACCACCAAGUCCAGCUGACCCCGCGGACGUAUCCAUUCACCAACCUGUGGACCCCCGAGGCCAAGCUAGGCGACGUUUGUCGGACACUGCCUUGUCAGAGCGACAUCAUCCGGUACUGGCAGGCUUUUGAGACGUAUGUCUAUCCGUUUUACCCGAUUCUCAUGGCGCCCGACGAGUUCAGGGCGAGUAUCUAUGCCUUCUUGUCAAGGCAGCCGAUGAUGAGAGGGCCGACGAUGAGUUGGAUCGAGGAAAAUACGGAUCCGAGUUGGCUGGCCUUGUUGUUUAGUGUGCUGGCGUGUGGGACCCAGUUUAGUGAGGAUACGGCGGAGGAGAGGCGCAUGAUCAUCUGGCAAGACACCUUCCUUUCCCUCACCUACGACCGCCCGCCCGUCGCAACCUCCACCAUCCUGCACAAUGACAUGCUCGGCACCCACCGCCACCUUGCCUCGUCGCGCUCGUCCAGCGUCAACCCCGACCCCUCGAAAUACACCUUUACAGAAACCGUCUUCCGAGUUUGCCUUGUCGUUCUCGACUGGACCCGCGAGGGCACCGCGACUGCCCAAUCUCCUACUGCCUUGUUCGGGACGGAAAAAGACCGCCGCUACUCGCAAAUACACUCGCUGCUUCAUUUUAAGCGCCAGUUCGAGCUGGUCCUACAAGAUGCAGUCCAGUACCUCAGGGAUGACUCGCACUGCAAGACUCGCCAAGAGCAUUUGGAGCGAUUGGGGCUCCAGAUCCAUGGGGCCAGUGCUUUGUGUAGGAUGUAUCGAUCGUGUGUGAAUUCGCUGCGUGAGGAUCGUGGCCAGCAAGGGGGAUAUGACGCUGUCGGGAUCCAGGGACAAGAGGAAGAACAGCUGACGAGCGAGUACGCCAUGCAUGCCACCGAAGCUGUUCGUGGAUUCCUGGAUAUGUACCAGUUGAGUCCGACCGUGUGUCGGUCGUGGCCGUUUGUGCAUAAUGCGGUUAGUUCGGCGGUGAUGUUGAGAGAGAUUCUGGUUGGUGGUGGCCCAGGGGGCUCGUCGACUCCUACUUCCAGCCAUCAGCAGCAUCAGCACCCACAGCAGCAACAGCAGGGAAGUGGAAUGCAGGCACUAAGAGAGGAAUGGACGAGGAGGAGCGAACCCUUGGUUCAAAAGCUGAUUGCCGUGUUGGAAAAGGAGGAAAGGGAGAGAAAUACACGAUGGGCUGGUCUGGCAUUGUAG